AUGUGCGCGGGGGCCAUGGCGCUGUGGCGGGGGCUGCGCUGCUGCCGCCGCGCCCUCGCCUGGCUGCCCGUGCUGCUCAUCGCGCUGCUGCUGCUCUGGUCCUACUACGGAUACGUCUGCGAGCUCUGCCUCGUGACUGUGAGCAACCCUGUGGAGAAAGUGGCCUAUCUUGUAAUAUUCCAUAUUCUCUUUGUGCUCUUUGUGUGGACAUAUUGGAAGUCUGUUUUCACCCUCCCAGUGCAGCCAGACAAAAAGUUCCACAUGUCCUACGCUGACCAGGAGCGCUAUGAGAACGAGGAGAGGCCGGAGGUGCAGAGGCAGAUCCUGGCCGAAAUCGCCAGGAAGCUGCCGGUGUACACGAGGACAGGGAAUGGAGGUAUUCGGUUCUGUGACAGAUGCCAGCUGAUCAAACCUGACCGUUGUCACCACUGCUCCGUCUGUGCCAUGUGUGUGCUAAAAAUGGAUCAUCACUGUCCAUGGGUGAAUAACUGCAUUGGAUUUUCUAACUACAAAUUCUUUCUACUGUUCUUAGCCUAUUCUUUGUUGUAUUGCUUGUAUAUUGCUGCAACAGUCUUCAAGUAUUUCAUUAAGUAUUGGACAGGUGAGCUGACCAAUAGCCGUUCCAAAUUUCACAUCCUUUUCCUUCUCUUCGUGGCAAUCAUGUUCUUCGUGAGCCUCAUGUUUCUGUUUGGAUACCACUGCUGGCUCGUUAGCAGAAACAGAUCCACCUUAGAGGCUUUCUCAGCUCCGGUGUUUCAAAAUGGCCCAGAUAAAAAUGGAUUCAAUCUUGGCUUUGUAAAGAAUCUUCAGCAAGUGUUUGGAGAAGAAAAAAAGCUCUGGUUGCUGCCUAUUGCCUCAAGCCAGGGGGAUGGACAUUUUUUCCCCAUGAGAGCCUCGUGUGAAGCUCGGAACCCUCUCCUGGCAAAUGAAGAGCAGUGGGAAGAGGAUGGAAUAGAUGAAGAGCCCCAGGGUUCUGGUGAAGCCUCAGCCCUUGUCAUAGAAAGGGAGACAUAGCAGGGUGAAAAUGCAGCCGGAUAAAGCUCGAGCACAAAGAUUUCAGCUUCCCUCUCAGGAGCCAACACCACCUCUUGGCAUGGACUUCAGUUUUGAGGGGCAGAAAACAAGUGGAUCUUCAAGAUGAGAAAACGUCCUGAAGUAUCAUCCGACUGGAGUCUGCAUCUGAGAGUGCUUCUCCAGAAAUCCUGCUGUCCAGAUGGCCCAAGGCUUUAUAAGUUUCAGUUACAGAGUUAACAGAACAGUUUUAUAGAGUGAUUGUGGCCAAUCUUCUUUGGCCUGCUCCCUUUAUUUUAUAAAUACUAUAUAUUUUUUAUGCAAAAAAGGUAAAAACGUUGAUGAGAGUGCACUUCCAAAGGCCUUUUCAUUUUGCAAACGUCAGGGACUCGAGUUCUUGAAAUUCUACCAAGCCAUAAUAUUCUUGGGGAUGGUUAUUUAUUUUGAGACUGAUUCUCCAACCUUCUGUGACAUUUUCUACUGUGUUUGAAGUUCUGAGUCAGUUCAGCCCAGUGCGAGACAGACCCAGUUAAAUCUGGCACUAAAUUGGUAGUUGGGUGUAAGUGUGUUGAAUGAAAAAGUGCUGAACAUGCACAUAGACACGUGCAGCUGUGAAUGCAAAUAAAAUAUUCCCAUUGCCAGUAUCAAGAUUCAAGAAUAUUGUGGCCAUAGAUUUUUUUAAACUUUUUUUAGGAGGGUGUUAUUGUCUUGGAGUUUGGUUACAGUGCUCUUUGCCCAGUCCUACUUGCAGGCACCUAAAAUGCAAACAGGAACUUCAGAUAGUCCAGUUUGCAUUAAUUCCUAGGGCCAAAAUGUCCACUCAUUCCUGGGUCGGUGUUUGACGGAAAUUUGUGUGUUUGUGGAAUCAGAAAGGAAGGUGUGAAUUCGAAACACAGGAGUUGGAAAUGACACUGGAAGUUUAGCUCCAACAGUGGUGUUUGGAGUUUACACUCCACACAAAAUGCUGAAGAGACAAUUGAUAUACAGAGUUUUUCAGACUUCUUCCCAAGCCAGUGCACUGACUGGUGGUUCCAGGGGUUUCAGCACUAGGAGGUGAUCAGAUUUUUUUCACAUUUUGCUCCAUUUGCAGGCAAAGGGAUGUAUCCUAGUUCUGUUCUGGGGAAGGGAACUGACCCUUUGGCCAGAUUAUACACAUUUUUCUAGACUUGAGUCUUUUUUUUUCUGCAUGAUUCAGCCCUGGCAGCUCCAUCACUCGUGUCUGAAUUAGGUGCAUGCUCACAGUAUUAGUGUACUGCCUUUAAGAUCAUUUGGUACCAUUUUC